AUGGAUAACAAUGACGAUGAGAUGGAUAACAAUGACGAUGAGACUGUUAACAAUGGCGAUGAGAGUCUUAACAAUGACGAUGAGAGGGAUAAAAAUGACAAUGAAACUGUUAACUAUGACGAUGAGAGUGUUAACAAUGAGGAUGAGAGGGAUAAGAAUGACGAUAAAAGAGAUUACAAUGACGAUACUAGGGGUAACAAUGACGAUAAGAGGGAUAACAAUGACGAUGAGAGUGUUAACAACGACGAUGAGAGCGGUAACAAUGACGAUAAGAGGGGUAACAAUGAUUAUGAAAGGGAUAACAAUGACUAUGAUAGGUGUAACAAUGACGAUGAGAGGGAUAACAAUGACGAGGAGAGGGGUAACAAUGACCAUAAAGUGGAUAACAAUGACGAUGAGAGGGAUAACACUGACGAUGAGAGGGAUAACAAUGACGAUGAGAGGGAUAACAAUGACGAUUAG